AUGAGUUCCUCGCUCUGCACGCUGUCGACGUGCGACGUCUCCGAGAGCCCGUACGGCUUCCGCUCCUCGCUGACGACAAGCGCGAUCUUCGCGACCGUCUCGGCGGUCUGCCUCGUCAUCAACGGCGCCGUCGCCGCCCGGUCGGCCCGGCGGCAGCACACCGCCACGCCCUUCUCCGUCAUCGUCACGCUCGCAUGCGUGCUCGAGAUGCUUGGCUGGGUCGACCGCAUGGCCGGCUGGCGCGAUCCCUGGGCCGUCUACCCCUUCAUGCAGAGCAAGGCGCUCCUCACAGUCGCUCCCGUGCUCGUCACUUCAAGCAUAUACGUCUGUCUCGCGCCGAUGGUCCGGAUACUCGGCACGGAGCACUCCUUCGUCAAGCCCGAGCUCUACACAGUCAUCCUCCUCCCUCUAGACGGCCUCGCCCUCCUCCUCCAGGUUGCCGGCCUAGCCGUCGGCUUCCGAAACGUCCCGUACACCCUCGCCUCCGGGGACUCGUACGCCCCCGACGCCGCCGGCGCCAGGAUCGUCCUGGCCGGCCUGGCCCUUCAGCUCGCGACCCUGGUGGCGACGGGCCUCUUCCUCGCCUCGGUGCUCCUGCGCGCCGCCCGCGCCCACCACCGGUACGGCUACACGACCUUCCACCGCGACGUCGGCUAUGUGCCCCUGACGGGCCGCUUCCGUAUCUUCGCCGGCGCCGUCCCCUCCGCCAUGCUCGUCCUCUUCGGGCGGCUGUGCUUUCGCGUCGCCGAGUAUGCCGAAGGUUGGGGAGGCCCCCUCGCGAUGGGCGGCGAGGGGCUCUUUGUCGGGCUGGAGGGCUUCCUCGUCUGUUACGCGCUGCUGGCUAUCGUGGGGUGCCACCCGGCGCUAUUCCUGAAGGACGGGAAGAUGGUUUCGAGGAUCGAAGCAGAGCCGUUCGUCGGUAUCCACGUUACCGGGAGCGUCGGGCAGGGAGCAGAGCACGAGAGGGAUAUGGAGGAAAUGAGUAAGGUAUAUCAGAGGCACCACGAGGAGGAGCGGAGGUUAUCGAGGCUCGACCAAGUUUGA